AUGGCGGGUACACUGGAACAGUAUGUGAUGAACGUGCGAAAUUUGUCAACGCAAGGUAAUUUUGUACAAUUAUGUGACUUUAUCGGGAAGAGUGCUGAAGUGCUGUCCAGGAAUGCUGGCCAUCUAGACAAUGUUCUGGGCACACUGGAUAUACAGCAACAUUCUUUGGGUGUUUUGGGCAUACUGUGUGUGAAGUAUAACCUGCCCAAUAUCCCGGACUUUGAGACCCUGUUUGCCCAGACACAGGAGUUUAUUCUUACUUGUAAUGGUGAACAUGUGCGAUAUGCAACAGACAUUUAUGCUGAAUUGUGUCACAAGUUCACACACAGCCUGGUGGAAAAGAAACAGCCCAUUCGGGGAAUCUCAAUUUUGGAAAAAGCUAUUAGUAAAAUCCAGCUUCACCCAGCCCAGUUAACAUCUGUCCAUGCUGAUUUAUGCCAGCUGUGCCUGUUGGCCAAGACCUUUAAACCGGCUUUACCCUUUCUGGCCACGGAUGUGACGGAUAUCAGCAAAGAAGGAGGUCACUAUGAAGCUAAAGAUUUCUUGCUAUACUUUUACUAUGGUGGAAUGAUCUACACUGCCCUCAAAGAUUACGACAGAGCACUGUACUUCUAUGAAGUGGCCAUCACCACACCAAGUAUGGCAGUCAGUCACAUCAUGCUUGAAGCAUACAAGAAGUACCUGUUGGUUUCUCUAAUUCUUCAUGGCAAGAUUCCAAGUUUACCAAAAUACACAUCUCAGGUGGUGACCAGGUAUAUAAAGCCCCUGUGCCAGCCCUACCAUGAGCUGUCUUCCUCCUACAACUCAAACAACCCUGCUGAUCUGAGAGCCACUGUUACAAAACAUACAGAGACAUUCACCAGGGAUUCCAAUCUAGGCCUUGUCAAGCAGUGUAUCACAUCUAUAUACAAGAAGAACAUCCAGCGACUAACAAAGACCUUUCUGACACUAUCGCUGAGUGACAUGGCCAACAGGGUUCAGCUGUCAGGACCUAAAGAGGCAGAGAAAUAUGUCCUACAUAUGAUUGAAGAUGGAGAAAUAUUUGCGACAAUUAACCAGAAAGAUGGAAUGGUACAGUUUCAUGACAACCCGGAGAAAUACAACAGUGCUUUUAUGUUACUUCAGUUAGAUAAAGAGAUGCAAAAGUGCAUUCAGCUGGAUGAAAAGCUACGUGAUAUGGACAGAGAAAUAGCUGUGAACCCACAGUAUGUACAGAAGAGUUCUGGUUCCCAUGACGAUGAUAUGCCUGGAUCUUCAACCUCACUGAAAACACAAGGCUACUGAUGCAUUGCAUUAAUCAAAAACCUGCCCAUAUCACCACAAUCAGUACUGUUAUGUGUUUUAAGCUACAGCCAG